UAUGAUGGGAGACAGCAUGAUAAUGAAAAGUGAAAGAGUAGAUGGACUCCGUGUAAGAGGCUAUAAUUCAGGUGUUUACAUUGACCUUCCUUCUUCAUAUACAAAAGAUUGCAUCCCCAUGAACCGAGAUCACAUACCUACCCAUCAAACAGCGAAACAAUGGCCCCACCUAGCAGCAAUCGCAGAUCAGAUGCCACCUCUCCUAAGCUGUGAUGUAGGACUCCUCAUUGGGUAUAACUGUCCCAGAGCUAUAAAACCCAGACAAAUGAUUAGUGGAAAAGACAGUGAACCCUACGGUGUACUUACAGACUUAGGGUGGAGCAUUGUGGGCUGCUCUACACCUGGCCUUAACGAAGGACACUCCAGCCUUUGUCACAGAGUCACAGUAAAGGAACUCCCUCCAGUAACACCACUAGAUGUGAUAAACGUCCUGGAGUCAGACUUUAAGGACACCAAAGGAGAUGACAAAAUUGUCUCACAAGAGGAUCUCAUGUUCUUGAGCAAACUCAAAGAUGGAAUAAAGAAAAAUGCUCAGGGACAUUAUGAGAUGCCUCUACCAUUUAGAAAACGGCCAUCCUUACCUGAUAAUAAAAGGCUUGCUGAAAUCAGGCUUAGUCAUUUACGGCGGAAGUUCAGCAGGGAUGAGAAAUACAAAAGAGACUACACAAUAUAUAUGAAGGAAAUCAUAGAGAGGGGUGAUGUGGAAGAGGUACCUGCAGAUGCAGCUCAAGGUGAGCGAUGGUAUAUUCCACAUCAUGGCAUUUAUCACCCUCAGAAGCCCGAUAAACUGCGCAUUGUGUUUGACUGCUCUGCAAAAUACUGUGGCACAAGCCUAAACGAACACCUGCUCCCAGGACCAGACAUGAUUAACAACCUAACAGGCAUCCUAAUAAGGUUCAGACAACAUCCCAUUGCUCUUCUAUGUGAUAUAGAGAAAAUGUUUCACCAAUUUCACGUCCAGGAGGAAGACCGCAACUACCUCCGGUUCCUCUGGUGGAAGGACGGAGACACAACCACACAACCUCAGGAAUAUCGUAUGAAAGUACACCUUUUUGGUGCAGUGUCAUCCCCUGGGUGUGCGAACUAUGCACUAAAAUAUCUAGCUAAGGAACACAGCCACUCCCAUCCAGUAGGAGCCCAAUUUGUUGCAAAAGACUUUUAUGUAGAUGACGGAGUCACAAGUGCUGACAAUGUGGAAAAGGCCAUUCAGUUGGCACAGGAAGGAAGAGAAAUCUGUGCCAAAGGUGGUCUCCGUCUCCACAAAUUUGUGUCUAACAACGAUGCUGUAUUACAGAGCCUACCUUCUUCAGAGUGCGCAGCAGAAGCAAAGACAAAGGACCUAACCUUUAAUGACUCAUUGGAAAGAGCCUUAGGAAUUCAAUGGAGUAUAAAGGAGGACAGCUUCAGAUUCAACAGCACCUUAAAGAACCAACCAGCCACACGCAGAGGCAUAUUAUCCACUGUCGCAUCCAUUUAUGACCCUCUUGGUUUUCUAGCACCAUAUGUCCUCAAUGGGAAGAGAAUCCUCCAAGAAAUGUGCAACCAAGGCACUGGCUGGGAUGAAAUUCUGCCAGAAAGGCUAAAACCACGGUGGGAGAGUUGGCAACAUGACUUCGUCAACUUACAGAAGAUAAACAUACCUCGCUGUUACUUACCUGUUAACUUCGGAGAAGUUGUGGAGACUGAAUUACACCAUUUCUCAGAUGCGAGCACCAGUGGAUAUGGGCAGUGCUCUUAUCUGAGAGUCAAGAACAAGAAAGGAGAGAUUCACUGUUCCCUCGUGAUAGGAAAGGCCCGUGUUUCUCCCACAAAGGUGACUACAAUACCACGACUCGAAUUAACAGCAGCAGUGGUUUCAGUCUCUAUCAGCAAUAUGCUUAGAGAAGAAAUGAGAAUUGUUGAUUUGAAAGAAUACUUUUGGACCGACUCAAAGGUAGUGUUGGGCUACAUAAAUAACGAUGCUCGACGAUUUCACACCUUUGUCGCCAACCGGAUCCAGAAGAUCCGCCAUUGCACAGAUCCCCAGCAAUGGCGCUAUGUUCCCACAGAUGAGAAUCCAGCAGAUAGCGCAUCCAGAGGUAAAACUGUAAAUGAACUACUUACCUCCAACUGGUUCACUGGCCCCAUGUUUCUCUGGGAAAAAGAAAUACCCAUAGGAAAUGAUGCAGUGCCAGACCUAUCUAUAGGGGAUCCAGAAGUCAAAAAGGCACAAGCCCUACAAACGAAAACCACAGAAAUAAUGACUCUUGCUGACCGUCUGUCCAAGUUCUCAUCAUGGUCCCGAGCUACCAGAGCCAUAGCCCGUUUGCUUCGGAGAGCUAAAAAAGUCACAUCACAUGCUCUUUCUACAAUGGUCUCCUCAAGGUGGGAGGACGGCUUCGACACUCGUCACUCACUGAUUCUUUCAAACAUCCAAUUGUCAUUCCCAAAGAACACCAUCUGACAAAGUUGAUAAUAGCUCACUACCAUGAAAAAACGAAACAUCAAGGAAAAGGCUUCACAAUCAAUGAAAUCAGAGCCAGCGGAUAUUGGAUUCCAGGAAUGAGCAGAGCAGUAACAUCUUACAUUCAUAAGUGUGUGAUUUGUCGUAAACUCAGGAGAACUGCAGAGAGUCAAAGAAUGAGUGACUUACCUGUAGAACGCGUUGAGCCCUCCCCCCCUUUCACAUACUGUGGGAUGGAUUGCUUCGGUCCUUUCACGACUU